CCCACUGAUACGACGUCGCUGUAAUCAUCCUGUUGGAAACGAAUCGAAGACGACACGUACAGCCUGGUCUUCACUAACCUCUUCUCUCCAUAGGCGUAUACACACUAAUACAGUAUCAGAUAAUUACUGAGAAAUGUACCAGUGGAGAAAAUUCGACUUCUUCGAGGAGAAAUUCGGCGGGAAAAUCUCGCUUCCCGAUGAAGUCACCGGAAAACUGCAGUGCUGUUCGAGCGGCAGAGGAAAAAUCGCCGUCGGAUGCGACGACGGCACCGUUAGUUUGCUGGAUCGAGGUUUCAAAUUCAAUUACGGCUUUCAAGCUCAUACUGCUUCAGUUCUACAUCUUCAUCUCCUCAAGCAACGUAACUUCCUAGUAACUGUUGGGGAAGAUGAAGAGGUAUCUCUGCAGAAACUAUCAUUUGUCCUGAAGGUUUUUGACCUUGACAAGACACUGCUGCCUGAGGGCCCAAGCACAUCAAGUCCAGAAUGUAUACAGAUAUUGCGAAUAUUCACUGACGAUUUUCCUGAAGCCAAGAUAACAUCAUUUUCAGUUUUAGAGGAAGCUCCACCAAUUUUACUAAUUGCUUUUGGGUUAGACAAUGGCUGCAUAUAUUAUAUUCGAGGAGAUAUUGCACGUAAGCAGAUCAAACGUAUUAAGCUUCAGGUGGAGGACACUCCGGAUAAAAGCCAAUUGCCAGUAACAGGCCUUGCAUUCCGAGUUGAUGGACAAACUCUUCAAUUAUUUGCAGUCACACCUACUUCAGUGAGCUUGUUUAACUUUAAAACUCAACCACCAAGUCGGCAAACCUUAGAUAAUAUUGGAUGCAACGUCAGUAGUGUUGCAAUGAGUGAUCGCUUGGAACUGAUCAUGGGUCGACCAGAGGCUGUAUACUUCUACGAGGUUGAUGGUCGAGGCCCUUGCUGGGCUUUUGAAGGUGAGAAGAAGUUUGUCGGCUGGUUUCGUGGAUACCUUUUGUGCAUUGUUGAAGAUCAGAGAACUGGCCAGAAUAUUUUUAAUGUGUAUGAUCUGAAGAACCGGCUUAUAGCACACAGUAUCUCGGUCAAAGAAGUUUCUCACAUGCUUUGUGAAUGGGGUAAUGUAGUACUAGUGAUGACAGACAAAUCAGUUUUAUGCAUUGGGGAGAAGGACAUGGAAAGCAAGUUAGACAUGCUUUUCAAGAAGAAUUUAUACACUGUAGCUAUCAAUCUUGUUCAAAGUCAACAAGCUGAUGCUACUGCAACUGCUGAGGUGCUAAGGAAGUAUGCAGAUCAUUUAUAUAGCAAACAAGACUAUGAUGAGGCUAUGUCUCAGUAUAUUCACACCAUUGGCCACCUUGAACCAUCAUACGUGAUACAAAAAUUUUUAGAUGCACAAAGAAUCUACAACCUUACAAAUUACUUGGAAAAGUUGCAUGAAAAGGGAUUUGCUUCAAAAGACCAUACAACUCUUUUGUUGAAUUGUUUCACCAAAUUGAAAGAUGUGGAAAAGCUGAAUAUUUUCAUAAAAAGUGAGGACGGAGAGCGUAAAUUUGAUGUGGAAACAGCAAUAAGGGUGUGUCGAGCUGCCAAUUAUCAUGAGCAUGCAAUGUAUGUUGCAAAGAAGGCUGGGAGGCACGAGUGGUACUUAAAAAUCUUACUCGAAGACCUUGGCAGCUAUGAAGAAGCAUUAAAAUAUAUUUCAAGUCUUGAACCAAGUCAAGCGGGGGUUACAAUUAAAGAGUAUGGCAAAAUACUCAUCGAGCACAAGCCAGUUGAAACAAUUGACAUACUUUUGCGUCUUUGCACGGAGGAAGGAGAAGCACCUAAAAGAGGGGCUUCAAAUGGUACAUAUGUACCUAUGCUCCCAUCUCCAGUUGAUUUUCUUAACAUAUUUAUUCAUCAUCCCCAUUCACUAAUGAAUUUUCUUGAAAAAUACACCAACAAAGUGAAGGAUUCCCCAGCUCAACUAGAAAUUCAUAACACACUUUUGGAGAUAUACCUGUCUAAUGACUUGAACUUAUCACCAUCAUCACAAGUUGAUGUCGGAGAAAAUGGUAAGCCUAGAGCUGAACAGUCAUCAGCGAAUGGAAAGUAUGCAAACAAGGCAGAAGAGUGCCAUGAGAAAUUUCAAAAGGGACUCCUUUUACUUAAGAGUGCUUGGUUAUCAGAUCAAGAAACUCCAGUGUAUGAUGUUGAUCUAGCUAUAAUUCUUUGUGAAAUGAAUGGUUUUAGAGAAGGACUCCUAUUUUUGUAUGAGAAGAUGAAACUUUAUAAAGAAGUGAUUGGUUGCUACAUGCAAGCACAUGACCACGAGGGUCUAAUUGCAUGCUGUAAGAGACUUGGAGAUUCUGGGAAGGGAGGUGACCCUUCACUUUGGGCAGACUUAUUAAAGUACUUUGGUGAACUUGGUGAAGACUGUUCGAAAGAAGUUAAGGAAGUUCUAUCUUACAUUGAGAGGGAUGAUAUUUUGCCUCCAAUUAUAGUUCUUCAGACUUUGUCAAGGAACCCAUGUCUCACUUUAUCUGUCAUUAAAGAUUAUAUAGCUCGGAAGCUUGAGCAGGAAUCAAAACUGAUUGAUCAGGAUCGUCGUGCGAUUGAUAAGUAUCAGGAGGAAACACUAGCCAUGAAAAAAGAAAUCCAUGAUCUUAGGACUAAUGCAAGAAUCUUUCAGCUCAGCAAGUGUACGGCUUGCACUUUCACCCUUGACCUGCCUGCCGUCCACUUCAUGUGCAUGCACUCGUUCCAUCAACGUUGCCUCGGGGACAAUGAAAAAGAGUGUCCAGAAUGUGCUCCUGAGUACAGAUCGGUCCUAGAAAUGAAGAGAAGUUUGGAGCAGAAUUCUAAAAAUCAAGACCAGUUUUACCAGCAAGUCAAGAGUUCAAAGGAUGGUUUUUCUGUGAUUGCCGAGUAUUUUGGGAAGGGGCUAAUUAGCAAAACCACUAUUGGAUCUGUGGACAAUACUCGCUGAUCUGGCAACAAGCCUUCCUGUGGCAGGGUGGCUUCUGAGUACUUAAUUAUGAUUUACUGCUCAGGUGAUACAUCCUUCCUUUGUGAAUCUUCACAUUAUCUGUUAAGGUCUUAAGGAUCAAAAUCUCUUAGUUAGAUCUGCAGGCUCAGAGUUUUUGCCCAUGACAGCAACCUGGACCAUAAAUUGGCCUACAAAUGUGAUGAUAGUUUGGGAAAUGGGAAAUGGUUGUACUUUUUUGUUUUCUUGGGAUGUAUUGUUGUGGUUUUGUGAGAUGUCAAUUUGAUUAUUCUUGUGCAA